CCGGCGGACUGAGGGAAAGCCGGGCUGAAUGCAAGGAAGCGCCUGGAUCGGCCCAGGAGCCGGUUCUGCGCCGUCCGAACGCACCCGCUGCGGGUUCCGUUCUCCCUUCGGCUCUCGGUGCCGCUCUGAGCACGUUACCGGGCCGUGCCCGCAGUGCUGCCCCGGCCCCUGGGCCUGCAGCCGCGCGGCUCCAGGGGAGCGUUGCUGGGAAGCAGAGACAGUGCUGGAAAAAGCCUUUUAUUUCUUACACUUGUUCCAUGUGGAUCCCAGAGGGCCUGCAGGCGGCUGUGAAAACCAAUGGAAUGACUCCCUGCGUAGCUGGAACGAUGUUGGCAGACAGCCCCCAGCGGCAUGGAGCAGUGUGCUGAGGGGUGGCCGCGGGGCUGUGGCACGGCAAGGAGGCUGCUCUGAAUGAAGCCAGGCUCCCUGCACCAUGGGCCAGUGUGUCACCAAGUGCAAGAAUCCUUCGUCUACCCUCGGCAGCAAAAACGGGGAAAGGGAAACGGGCAGCAAGUCGCAUAGCAAGAGGAGUGCUGUGCACAAAGAUGACCACACUUCGGCAUGUGGGAAGUCCUCGGGAGAUAUACUCGUGAAUGGGACAAAGAAAGCGGAUGCUGCUGUGGAGUCUGGUCCACCUUCAGUGUUUUCUGGGGAUACAAAGAAAGACUCUGUCUCCAGCGCAGAAGAAUCGUCCCUCCAAAAGAUUGGAGAGUUAUUUAGGAGGUACAAGGAUGAGCGGGAAGAUGCCAUACUGGAGGAAGGAAUGGAACGAUUUUGCAGUGACCUCUGUGUUGAUCCCACUGAAUUUAAAGUGCUAGUUCUGGCUUGGAAAUUCCAGGCUGCUACUAUGUGCAAAUUUACAAGGAAGGAGUUUUUUGAAGGCUGUAAAGCAAUAAAUGCGGACAGCAUCGAUGGCAUUUGUGCACGGUUCCCCAGCCUCUUACAUGAAGCCAAGCAGGAAGAUAAAUUCAAGGAUCUCUACCGCUUCACCUUUCAGUUUGGCCUGGACUCUGAGGAAGGACAGAGGUCACUGCAUCGGGAAAUAGCCAUUGCCCUUUGGAAAUUAGUCUUCACCCAAAACAAGCCCCCCAUUUUGGACCAGUGGUUGCACUUCCUAGUUGAGAACCCCUCAGGAAUCAAGGGAAUCUCCCGGGACACGUGGAACAUGUUUCUAAAUUUUACUCAGGUGAUCGGACCAGACCUUAGUAACUACAGCGAAGACGAGGCCUGGCCGAGUCUCUUCGAUACCUUUGUGGAGUGGGAAAUGGAGCGGAGGAAAAAGGAAGAGGAAACCAAAUGUAUUAUGUCUUCGGACACAGGGGGUCUGUGUAGGGAAGAACAGACUUAACAGCAUUUAGGUGGCAGUGAUGAAAGCAACCUGUUGCCCUUCGUGAGAUGUAAACUCUGGAUGUUUCUGGAGGUUACCGAGGCUCCAGAUGUUUGUUUUUUUUCUACUUUACACCUUUUUCUGCCUUGUAUUCGAAAGGGCUCUAAAAUGCUGUAUCAUGUUUUAGGCACUUUCUUAACUUUGGUUACUCCUUUUACUCUUACCCGGAAAUAUUUUACCCCGGCUACAAGUUAAGCGUUUUUGUUAAGACUUGAGAUUAGUAUAAGUAAGUCUGAUAUUUCUUGCACAAUGUAGAUCCUUUUAGUUAGGUUAAAUUAACAUUGCUAAAUUAUACAGUGCCAGAUUAAGUCUUUCAUACUACGUCUGUCAGGGCAGGUCUGUACUGUGUGUAGUGCUGUUUACAUUGUUGAAAAUUUAGGCUGUAAUGAUUUUAAGGUUUUAUACCAAGAAUAUAGCAGUGUUAACUUGAAAUGCAUUAAUCCCCUCCUAAUAAGGCUCUUAAGAAACAAACAACAGCAACAAAUCCAAUGACAUAAGCAACAGCUUUUUGUAGUGUGGCUCGUUGCCACUUGAAGGUAACUCCUCGUGACCGAGUCCAAAUCAUUCCUUUUUAUUUUCAGUUUCAAACUGAAUGUUGGGACUGUUUUAUAAAGUUACUGUACCUGUCAGUCAACUGAGUGGUAGAUGAGGAUUUGUAUCGAAAUCUCUGACACAACACAGAAUAAAAGAGCAGUGCUACCUCAGUUUUAUUGAAAGUGGACUUCUUGGUGGACUUCCAUUUUCUCUGGAAGUUUUAUUUUUGUGGUUACAGGAGAAUAUUUUUACUUGACUAAAAGAACCAAAGGUUCUGCUUCAUAAGUUUUUUAAACAUUGGCAGAAGCAACACACAAAGCCUAAGUCUUCAAGGAAAACUGCGGUAUAAUUCUGCUUUAAUUUGUUUGAUUUAUACCCGAAGCAUUAUCUUACUUGUCUGGCAAGCACAGUACUUCUAUGUGAGGAACCAAGUUUUCUAAAGCUAUGCUUAAUUGCUAAAUUGCAGUUAAUACUCCACACUUUCUGGAGCAACAAUAUCGGCAUCUGAUGACAAAGUGAAUUCGUAAUGUGUUCUUAAUGACAACAGUGUAGAUAAGUCAUUUUUAGACUGAUUUGAUAAUAUUUGGAUAGGAGUAAAUUUAUUAUUUUACAAUGCCUGUAUUGGGACAAUUUGCCUGUUGAAACUGUUGUGACUUAAAGGGAAUUUUAUUAACACUGGUUGAAGCUUUUUUUGGUUAUUGAUGUUACCUUUUUUAAUUGUAAUAUGUCAACUUUUUUACACGUUUUGGUAAAAAGGGAUAAUUGCCAAGGCUUCCCGUGAAGCCCAGCAUUGAACUCGUGAAGCGUUCAUCACACACCUUUUGUUUUCAGAGCUGUACUUCAGGACUGUAAAGUGGCUUCAAUGAAAAAUCGAAAACAACAAAAACCCUCAAAGCUGAGCAGUCAUCUCUGGCAUCUCGUGGGUUUUGUGACCGUGUGUAAAGCUGAAGGAAGCCGACCUUCCAGUGGUGAGCUUCUUGUUGGGUCCGGGGUGGUGUGAUGUGCAUGUCUGCUUUGAGCUAGCAGAGUGUUUGCCUGACUUCUGUGCUGGGCUCUGCUGAUGCACAGCCUGCAUGGCAGCUUGGCCAGAGUUCGUACAACAGUUGCAGUCUCUGGCUGUCUAAAACUGCUUAAAAACAAGCUCACAAUGGCUGAUGGCGUCUCUUCCCCCUGGUAACGGGCGUGUUUGGUCCGUACUGCUUUGGCGAGCUCUUCCUGGGAGAGUGAAGCGGUGGGGAACAAAUGGAGGCCUAGCCAAGCCUGUCCCUGGGCAGGAGGGGGCCCAGUUCAGUGUAACAGGUAAAUCUGCCCCAGGGUGCCCUGCUGCUCACAUCCUCCAUAUUGCUCUAACAGCACUAAGAUGUUUUGGCUGCAAAACCAUAUCUCGGUUUGGUGAGCAAAGCAGGCAUUUGAGCUAUUAGAGUGGAAUUGAUGGGGGGACACUUCUGCUGGUGCUGUUCUUUAAUUAAGCCAGAGAAAAGAACUCUCCAACAGAGGCCGCUUCGCUAGCAAAAGCUCCAGAUGGAGGCCUGAGCUGAUAGUAAAUGAAGGCUAUAUGAAGUUUGGAAUGCUCAUUCAGCUUCUCAGUGCUCUGUUCAUUGCUUCAUAUUUUUCCUAAAGGUAGUUCUAAAGUGUUCAGUGCAUGGAAGCUGUGUUCACCUAGUGCAGGGUGCGACUCUGCACACACAGAGUUGUGGCAGUGACUGCUGCUUGUCUGCAUGAUGAACUGCAGCAGCAGUUCAAGCGCUCAGAACCAUUGGAACUAUUUAGUUUCUUUCUCAGAGUAUGUAUUAGAGAUCUUGAUGCGUGGAGUGAAUCUGCUGCAACUUGGGAUAACUAUAGAUCUAUGGAGCUAUAGAUCUGUACGGAUCGUUGUAGGAACUGACUGGGAAUGUGGUCUGACAUCCACACUCUGUGGCAUUUUUAUGCCUUUGCUUAUACACACAGUGCAACUUGUGCAGACUUUACUCCCCAGUACUAAAGCGCUGUGUGGUGUUACUGCAGUGCCUUGGCAGCUUGGCUCAGUGGUGCCAGUUCCUGCUGGGGGUGUGAUUGUUGGGUUGAAGGCUGAUGGAUUGAUGGAUCAAGUGUGGAUUUGAAAGAUUCUGCUCAGAGUUGGCCAUCAAACCUGAUGUAACAUCAUGGAAACUGAAUGUGGAACUGUGCAUCUAUUCAAUGCUGGUGCUGGAGAAUUAGAGCUUUGUAGUACUGUGCAAUGGUAUGGAGAGAACCUGAGGGAAAAGAGAUGAGUGUGGCAGGUGGUUUGGGACCUGCUGGGGCAGGGGCUGCUGUGGGCUUUGCCCCGGCUGCUGCUGUGGGCAUCGGUGCCCUGAGGCCCCACAGAGCAGGAUGUGUUUCACCUGCCACUCCUGUGCAGACAUGACUGCCGACAUGAGCAUCUUCCUUGUGGUCCUGAGCCUUGUUUCCAAAAAAUAACCCCAUACAAACGAGCAGAGUUAAACACCACAUGGUUACCGGCUGCCUCGGGUCUGGCACAGUGUGAUGGGUGAGGCUUUGCUGCUCCUGUUCACUGGAAGAGAACAGGCGUAGUGAAGGUCUGGGUCUUGCAGCCCUUGUUCUGCAGUGCAGCCCUUGUGGCAGCAAUCCUUGAUCAGUUGGGCGCCUGGUUCUUACGAGCUCCCUCUGCUUGAAACGUGCCAAUGAACUGUUCCUUUCACACUGAACAGGAAGAUGCUUCGCCUGAAACUGAACAUCCAUCAGUUUCAACAUUCAGCAAAACGUACAUUUUGAAGGCUUUGGUUUUUUUCAAAAAGCAGUGGAAGAUAAGUGUGCUUAUUUUUGUCGUGUGCAGAGACACUGGUGUUGAAUUUCUCUCUCUGGAUUAUCAAAGAUUGUAUCUUUGGCUUUAUAUCCUCAGUUGAAGUGAAAUACGUGAGAUUGUAGGAUGGAAGGCCGUAACUCCUUCACCAUGAAGUACGUAGGUAUCUCUACCUCGUUAGACUUGAAUAGUUCAAGUUGACCAUCCUUCUCUCCCAGGCUGUGAUGCCUAGAUAAGUGAUGUACACUUUUUAAUCGACCCAUGUUAAGUGUUACCUAUUUACCAUUCUUUUUGGUAUCUAGUCUGCAAUCGACCCUUUGGAAGGGAGCAAAGCCAACCUGUCCCUGUGCCACAGGAGUGGCUCUUUAGUCAAAUUAAGCUUAGUUAUCUUAAAAAUGUGCUUUCUUUCUUAACAGUAAGUUUAAAUGGUCUCUCAGAAAGGAAAUGGGCCACCAGCAGUGGGAAGGCCUCAUGCUGCGUGUUGCCCAUUAUGUGGAGUCCCAAGAGAAUGAAUAUGGCUGCGGGAUGAGGCUUCCACCCAGCACUGCUGGGCUCCAUCCCGGCAGCACAGUGAGCCUGCGUCACUGCAGCUGCGUGCAGUGCAAGGCAGCACUUGGCAGAGCCAGCCUGGAGAGCUGCAGCUCACAGCACAGACACUUGUGGAGCUCAGCCCCAGCGUGGCCACAUCGCCCUGUAUGGAAGGAAUGUGUGUCGGUGGUGUAUUUGCUCCCAGAGAAGUAAAUAGUUGUAAGGAAGCAGUGAAAGCAGCACUCCUUUGUGCGGCUUCCAUUGAACUGGAUGUGACACAGCUUGCUACCAGUCUCCUCAGUAAGCCGUCAAGGGCACUUGGGGUCAAAUCUACCAUUCUCCAUAUCAGGAGUGAUCCUUGCUUUUCAGACUUAGCAGUGAUACCAAGUCUGAUAGUUUUCUUACCCCAGGAGAUGAUGAAUGUAUUGUCGUGGAGCAGAACCACGGUUCCUCCUCCAACCGGCUGCGGAGCUGUAAUGCUUGGAAGUGCUGCAGGAAGUUCUGUUUCAUGCAGGGUGUCUUUAUUGAGGGAUGUAGCCAGGUGUGAAGCUGCGACCUGGAGAAAAACUGGGAAAAGUCUGAGGUGAUGCAUCUGUCCCCAGCCCCAUCGGCUCUGUUGUUUUACAGAUACUUCUCGUGUUGUUUUGCUCACCAUCAUCAUCUAGAACAGAAUGGAAGUGGUUUCCCACAGAAUGUGUGAUCUGAGGCGCGGUGCACUGAGGUUGUGAUGGGAAGGUGGUUGUUCCUUGAUAGCAAUCCUGAGUGCAGCAUUCGGUCCCUUUGGGAAGAAAAGUAUUCAGGUUUUUCUUUAUUAUAAGCAAAGCCUCCGUUUGUCCAUUACUGACACCUUGUGGAGUUUGUGCCAGAUGUAUAUUAAAUAUUUUGGUGCUUUUUCUAAUCCAAGUUGCCAUUCAUUCACCCAUGAGAUUGUUGUACUUGUGUAUAUUGAAGCGUCGAGACACCCAUUAAGAAAACAGGAAAAGAAACCCCCGGAGCCCCAUCUCCACCAGAGGAAGCAUUGCCUGUAGUCACUGUAUCCUCAGUACUGUGUGAAUGUCCAGAGCUUUGGGGUCCCCUUCCUGCAGUAAGGCCUGAGGGAGGCCAGGGAAACCCCGUCCCCGGGAGCGGGAAGUUGCACGUUGCUCUGCGUUAUGAACAGAAGUCAUUUGUCGUGUUUAUAUGAUGACACUUUGGUGUUCACUUUUUUGUGAAGCUUUGUACAAAAUGUUUUAUUUAAACCUGAAGUCCUUUUUACAUUUGCAAUUAAAAGGGGAAAAAUUAA